GACAUGAUCGUCACAAUUCAUUAAGUCGCUACACAGUAAUAUCAUACGAUUGAUCGCUAGUGAUAAUUCGGUGAUAUUUUAGAACCCGAGAACAUGACGUCCAAGAUGAUUCUUGUAGCGGCGGUGGCGAUAAUAGGAACACUUAUGUCAGUGGAUGACGCAUCGUGUCACAAGGCGCAUUCGCACCAGCAUUUCCAUGGUCCUGUGGUAGGACCACACCAUGAAGUAUCAUGGAAGGGAAAGCACGGUCACCACCACGUCGACUACGUCGCCCACCCGAAAUACGACUUCGGAUACGGAGUGGAGGACCACCACACCAAGGAUUUCCACAGUCAAAAGGAGCACCGAGACGGAAAGAACGUCGCGGGUGAAUAUUCACUUCACGAGCCGGGUGGCAACGUGAGAACGGUGAAAUACCACGCCGACAAGAGUGGAUUCCACGCUGUGGUCCACAACAGUAAUGGCAACGACCACUCCGGAGGUGGACACGGUCACCAUCACCACUAGGAAUUGGAACCU